AUGACAGAUCGGUUUGCGCGAACUGAUGGUUCCACAUCUCACGGCUGCAAUACGACACAGGGCCUGCAUUGCGGUGGAACCUGGAGAGGAAUGAUAAAUCAACUUGACUAUAUCCAAGACAUGGGGUUUGAUGCUGUCAUGAUAUCACCUAUCGUCAAGAAUGUGGAAGGCCGUGCGCCAUAUGGCGAAGCCUACCAUGGCUAUUGGGUUCAGGACAUGUACUCGCUGAACUCGCACUUCGGAACAAAGCAGGAUCUGCUUGAUCUUAGCAAAGCUCUGCACGACCGCGGAAUGUAUCUCAUGAUGGACACUGUGAUCAACAAUAUGGCUUAUAUCACAGGGAGUGGAGGCUCCCCGGCUGAUGUCGAAUACUCCGAUCUCAACCCAUUCAAUGAUGCGAAAUAUUUCCACCCGUACUGCAAAAUCACGGACUACAAUGACUACUCACUUGCCCAGAAAUGCUGGACGGGAGAUAAUGUUGUGCCACUUCCAGACCUGAAGACCGAAGACAAGCAGGUACAAGCGAUGCUGCUGGGGUGGAUCAAAGAGACAAUAUCCAACUAUUCGAUUGAUGGGCUGCGUCUCGACGCGGCAAAGCACAUCACUCCAGACUUUCUCCCUGUGUUCCAAGAGGAAGCCAAUACAUUUAUAACGGGCGAGGUGUUCGACAGAUCAGUCAGAAGGAUCUGUGGCUAUCAAGACAAGCUGACCAGCCUUCCGAACUAUCCCAUCUAUUAUUCUCUCCUGGACGCUUUCACUCUAGGCAAUACAAGCUCACUGCCGGACCAAGUGGAAGUGAUGAAGAACAAUUGUCCUGAUGUAACAGCAAUGGCCUCUUUUUCGGAGAAUCAUGACAUUGCUCGAUUCGCCAGCCACAAAGACGACAUGACUCUCGCUAAGAACGUUCUUACCUUCACCUUACUCUUCGACGGCAUCCCCAUCAUCUACCAAGGCCAGGAGCAGCACUUCUCAGGGAGCCACGACCCCGAGAAUCGCGAAGCCCUCUGGCUCUCCGGCUACGACACCAAAGCCCCGUUAUACAAAGCGACUGCCACGCUGAACCGACUCCGCAAGCACGCCUCCCGCGUCGACCCGGAAUACCUCAACACCCAGACCUACCCGAUCUACAAGGGCCUCAGCGAGAUGGGGUUCCGCAAGGGCCGAGAAGGCCGACAGGUCGUCAUGGUGCUGUCCACGCAGGGAUCGCAGAGUGGCGAAUACACAGUCCGCAUGAUGAACGGGUACCAGCCUUCAUUCGUGGUGAUCGACGUCUUCACCUGCAAAACGUACACCAUCAACGAUAUGGGCGAGCUCAGACUCGACAUGGACAAGGGCGAGCCGCGCGUGCUCUACCCGACUAACUUGAUGCACGGGAGUGGGCUCUGUGGCUAUGAGCGCGCCAAUGUGUCGUAUCAUGACUUUGAGAAGAAGCCUUUGAACGAUUCCGUUUCGAAGUUCUCUGCUCCGACGAGUCUGGCUGGGAGGAGUCUUGUUUCGGGCUGUGGGCAGGUUGUUUUGUCGAUUUGGGUCUCGGUGUUUGUCUAUCUGGUGUGGGUUGGUUUGUGA